CCUAUCGCGCCGUCUUGUCGAGAAAGGAAGCUGAAGUCCUCAACCUGAUCUAAUGGCGGAAACAUACAACACCGACGUCGUUAUGGACGACGGCACCGUGAUCCGCACCACCGUGACGUCCUCGUCCCUCGACGUCCAGCGCUUCAUCGAGAAGGUGCAGGGGUCCCCGAUCCGCGUCGCCGGCCUCGACGCCGAGUGGCGCCCCACCCGCACUAGACGCGCCGAGCAGUACCCAAUCGCCGUCCUCCAGCUCUGCGUCGACCGCCGCUGCCUCGUGUACCAGAUCAUCCACGGCACCGGCAUCCCCAUCUCGCUGUGCAGCUUCCUCUACCUCUCCGGCUUCACCUUCGUCGGCGUCGGGAUCGCCGACGACGCGAAACGCCUGCGUGCUGAGUACAGCCUCGAGGUGUCCAACGCGGUCGACCUGAGGGAGAUGGCGGCUUACUCACCGCACCGGCCGCGACCGGAGCUGCGGCAGGCCGGGCUGAAAGACAUAGCGCUUGCGGUGAUGGGGGUGCGCAUCGCGAAGUCACGGGAGGUGACGAGCAACUGGGACGCGCCAUUGCUGUCGAUGGAGCAGGUCGAGUAUGCCAGCAUCAACGCCUACGUCUCCUUCGAAAUCGGUCGCCUGCUGCUCACUGGUAAUUAGUACUCCAUUAUCUGCCGAGUAUACCAGACCAUAGUAGCCUGGUUCGCGGGUCGAUGGUGCGAUCCACGUCCCGGGGUCGAUCGACCCCGAUCGAGGGUCGGGGACGACGCCGGGUCGAGCUGGAUCGAUUGCCGGGUCACGACCCCGAUCGAUGGACGAUAAACCAGAUUGAUAUACAGGAUUGCCAGAAACAUGUACGUGUUUAUGGGAAAUUGAUGCUUACCAGGCAAUCGCACUACAACAUACUGAACUCUGCCGGCCUACCGGGAUCCGCUGCUCGCCUGCCGGAACUCGAGCUGUCCACUGCCGUAUGAGGCAUCUCCCGUCCCGCACUCCCGCUACCGACUUGGUGCGACCUUGCUUGACUGGUGGAAGAAUGGUGGGAGGAGGAACAAGAGAGCGUGGGGCCGUGGAGGCUGGGAGGCUUGGAGCUGGAUCCAUGCCGGACUGGUGGUUUGAAGAUGAACCGAUAGAGAGGGGAUUUAGGGAUAGUUGUGCGACGCUUUGUGGGAAAGUAAUAAUGGUAGAUGAGAAAAUCACGCUAUGAGGUCUGACGUGUGGCCUGAUUUUGUACUUCCUCCGUCACGGUUUAAAAGGCACAGUUAAAUUUGCGUGCGUUUCCACAAUAGACAAGGUUUAGGGCGCAUUGCAUUUAUUUCUAGUAGCUAAUUAGUACUUCGAUAUACUAUUUCUAUAUGUAUGCGUAGUGUGAAUGCUAUUUUUUAGCCCAUCUCAUAACCAAUAGAUAAUCAUCUAGGUCCCAGAGAAUUUCCAAACGCGCCUUCUAAACCGUGACGGAGGUAGUAUUCAUUUUGUGAAGUAUCAGGCGGGAUUUUUUUCCUCCUCGCAAUACUGGGAAAUACAUCAUUGCAGAUCGUAAUGAUCUUUCUUUCCCUCCAUCGUACCAGGGUCAUCGACCCGCAACCCCUGGGAUCGCGAUCCACGUUCCCAAUUUUCGUUCCGAAGAUGUAUACCCCUAGUCGAUCCUCGUUCCGGAGGGGUGUCCACCCGCGACCCUUGACCCCGUUCCUCGACCCGGACGACCCGGAUUUCUGGCAACUAUGUACCAGACUACGUGGGCUAUUCAACUGGCA